AUGCCCCUUGAAGACGGUUUUGCUAAUCUACGAGCUAUAACCCCGAUCAUUCCGGGUGAUGAUGAGGCUGAGUUGAACCAAUUGCGACAGCAUUUUCGGAACCAGUGGUACGAUAAGAAUCGCCAGUUUGGCCAGUUCUACCUGAAUUUAUCCCAUUAUCGCCAACUCUAUCUGCUUCACCUGUGGACUAUUCAUGACUGGCAAGACGAAGAAUACUUGGGAACAGCCCUGCGCAAUCCCUUCUUUCGCCUGGCGGGGCGUCCACCGGCCAAAGCCUUACAGCUCCAUCAACUGGUUAAGUUUUUCGAGAACUAUGGCAUUAACCAGCAGCUUACGGCGGAGAUAACGUUGACCCAACUACCGGAAGAGGAUAAACGCUUUGGGAAUUCAGCAAAUUGGGGGGAUUACAUUCUCUCGCUCCGUGAUCCAGAGCCGCUGCUACGUAGGCUCAUUGACGCAGAAAAGGAAGCAGGUAAGUCUGCUUUGGUCUAUACGUAUGAUGAGUACCUAACUAGCCGAAGUACAAUGCGCCACCCCAUCGAAGAAUGUAAUCAGAACCAAACCGCGAUGUUAGCUACCCUCCCCGAAGAUAAGCGGGAAUGGAUGGCUCGUCUGUUUCGCAUUGGUAAUGCCACGUAUCACUACUACAACCGAACAAAAGAAUUAGUCGUUUUUGAUGUAGGUGAUCAGCCUGCUCAACCGGGAGGUGACUUAGUGGAAUGGCUGGAGCAGCAACUGGAUUCAAAGACGGAGAGUCGAUCCGCUCGGGAACUGCUUACCAUUUAUUGGGAGGAAUAUCUGGAAGGCCUACCCCAUGAGGGGCUGCGCAGAGCGGAGAAGGCAAUGGGAUUGGAGAAGGCGAAAAGCACGGCUGUUGUGACGUUCACGGCGCAGUGGAUUUUUGUCUGGAAUUUCUUCUAUAGUAUGGUCAAAGGCCGCAAAGCCACGCAGAAUCCCUGGCGGUCAACUACCCUGGAGUGGACCGCACCCAUCCAUCCGGGUCAUGGCAACUGGCCGGGCGAGAUUCCAGCGGUCUAUCGCUGGUCGUACGAUUACAGCAAGCCGGGAGCCAGAGAAGAUUUUAUUCCCCAGAACGUGCCCUAUUCGCAAACGCCUGAAUCCAACCUGCCCCACGAAAACGAGCAGAUUGCUGUUGAAAAAGAAAUCAAUGCCCAAAACCUGAACGACCAGUUUAAGCAAUCGACCUAA